AUGGCAUAUUAUCAAGGAGGUGGUGGUCCACCACAAGGAGGAUAUCCACCACAGCAGCAGCCAGGAUCACCACAACUAUAUCCUCCACCACAAGGAGGGGUCUACCCUCCAAUUGUCCAGAAUGACUCUUUUGUGGACAUACAACAACAACAACCACUUUUAUCAGAAAAACAGCCGACUCCAGAAUCAUCGGCGACUUCUCCUCCGUUGUCGACUAAUGUCACAUUCCAAGAACAACCUCAAGUUCACUACGGGCAAGCGCCAGCACGUCAACCUCGUCGCUAUAAAACUACAAAACGCGUUGAACUGUUUAAAGGAAAUUUGGUGCUUGACUGUCCGGUACCCUCGAAAUUAUUGGACCAAUGUCCAAGGAAAGACGAAAGAGAAUUCACUCAUAUGCGUUACACUGCCGCUACCUGUGAUCCAAAUGACUUUAAACGUGAUGCAUACACUUUACGUCAGCAACUUUAUGAACCCAAAAGAAAAACCGAACUAUUUAUUGUAUUGACUAUGUAUAACGAAGACGAAAUUCUAUUUGCACGCACUUUUCACGGUGUUGUAAAGAAUAUAGCACAUCUUUGCUCUCGUGAUCGAUCUCGUGUAUGGGGUAAAGAAGGAUGGAAAAAAGUGUGUGUAUGUAUAGUAUCUGAUGGUCGUACAAAAAUCAAUCAACGUACACUAUCUUACCUGGCUGCUAUUGGAGUAUAUCAACACGAUAUUGCAAAAAAUAAAGUCAAUGGAAAAGAUGUAACUGCUCACAUAUACGAAUAUACAACACAAAUUUCUAUCGAUCCAGAUAUGAAAUUCAAGGGCGCUGAUCGUGGCAUCGUCCCAAUUCAAGUUCUUUUUUGUCUCAAAGAAAAAAACGCAAAGAAAAUCAAUUCUCAUCGUUGGUUUUUUAAUGCUUUUGGUUCCAUUCUCGAACCAAAUGUCUGUGUUCUUCUCGAUGUUGGAACAAAACCUGGUGGUACUUCAAUUUACCAUUUAUGGAAAGCUUUUGAUCUCAACUCUUAUGUAGCAGGUGCUUGCGGUGAAAUUGUCGCAAUGAAAGGUACCGCUGGUGUUAAUCUAUUGAAUCCAAUUGUUGCUGCACAAAAUUUCGAAUAUAAAAUGUCGAAUAUUCUCGAUAAACCCCUCGAAUCCGUUUUUGGCUAUAUCACUGUGUUACCCGGUGCUUUCUCUGCAUAUCGAUAUCAGGCUCUUCAGAAUGAUCAAAACGGGAAUGGCCCGUUAGCCUCUUACUUCAUGGGUGAAGCACAACACGGUGCAGACGCUGACAUCUUCACGGCCAACAUGUAUCUUGCAGAAGAUCGUAUUCUCUGUUUCGAAUUGGUUGCAAAACGAAAUUGUGCUUGGGUGUUACAUUAUGUGAAGUCAUCGUACGCUGAAACGGACGUUCCCGAUCAAGUUCCCGAACUAAUUUCACAGCGAAGACGUUGGUUAAAUGGUUCAUUUUUCGCUGGUGUUUAUGCUAUUGUUCAUACUUCUGCCAUUUGGAGGAGUGAUCAUAGUAUGGCCAGAAAAGCUUUAUUGCACAUCGAAAUGGCAUAUCAAUCAUUUAAUUUGGCAUUCUCUUGGUUUGCAUUGGGUAAUUUCUAUUUGACUUUCUAUAUUUUGGGCAAUUCUUUAUCAGAACCUUUAGUGGCUGAAGGAUUAUGGAGUGUAAACACUGGAGAAAUCGUCUUUCAAAUCUUGAGAUAUACUUAUUUGACUUUACUUAUAAUCCAGUUUAUUCUGGCUAUGGGUAAUCGACCUCAAGGGUCAAAAUGGGCAUACAUCGCUUCGAUUGGAUUCUUUGCGUGUCUUAUGGGUUAUAUGUUAUUUGCUGCCGGUUGGUUAACCGCCAAAGGGAUCAACUUUGCCCUAGAAAAAACAAAUGGCAAAAUUACUGGUGCAAAUAUCUCGACGGCAAGCGCUAUUUUAGGCGAUCCUACAUUCCGAAACGUUAUCUUGUCGUUAGCGUCCACUUAUGGUCUAUAUUUUGUUGCCAGUUUCUUGUUCUUCGAGCCGUGGCAUAUGUUUACCAGUCUUAUUCAGUAUAUGUUCUUGGUGCCAUUCUAUAUUAACAUUUUGAAUGUGUAUGCUUUUUGUAAUGUACAUGAUGUCAGUUGGGGUACAAAAGGGGAUAACGCCGUAAAACAAGAUCUCGGAUCAGUUUCUUCACAUCCUGGCAAAAGCCAUGUCGACAUUGCAGUUCCUACCGAAGAAAAAGACAUCAACGAAGCCUACGAAGAAGCAUGCGCUGAACUCACAAAAUUUGUCGAACCCAAACCAGAUAUUCCCGACGAAAGCACCCGGCAAGAAGACUACCGCAAAACUUUUCGAACACGUGUCGUGUUGUUCUGGAUUUUGUCAAAUGCGGCUCUAGUCGCCGGUAUCACAAACUCCAAUGUCGCAAGCUUAAACAGUGUUCUGACCGCGGAACAAAGGAGUAAUGUGUAUAUGGCUUUCGUGUUAUGGUCCGUGACUGGAUUGGCGGCUUUCCGUUUCAUUGGCAGUUGUACAUAUUUAUUAUUUAGACUUUUUACGGGCGAUUAA